AUGGAGUGGCAUCAAGUCCAGCGGAAGGAACUCCGAAAUCUAGUUACAUGGUGGGAUUCUUUCCCUUACGGAAGGAUUCAGGCGGGGCAGGAGGAGACGAUCUCAACGUUUUAUUGUUUGGAGUUCCCGGAGAGGUGUCGGGCGGUAGACUUGUUCAAGAUUUUUGGUUGUGUGGGAGAUGUGGUGGAGGUUGUCAUCCCUCCAAGACGUAAUAGAUUUGGUAAACGCUUCGGGUUCGCGAGGUUCAAAAAUGUGGAGGACGAAAAAUUUCUAGCGAUUAAGUUGGAUAAUAUUUUGAUAGAUGGAAAGAAAAUCCACGUUAAUCAACCCAGAUAUAGCAGGAAGGAAGUAAGAAGGAAGUCAGAGGCAUGGCCAAGGGAGGAAGUCUCGAAGAAGCAGAAUGUUUUACCUAGGAACAAUUUUGUUCAAAUGAACAAAUCUUUUGCUGAUGGUGUUUUGAAGGUGAAGAAGUUUGAGGAUAAGGAGAUAGCUAGUGGUUUCAGGUUCAACACUAGUGCUGAAGUCAAGAAUAAAUGGAGGAAGGCAUUCAUAGGGGAAGUGUUGUUUGCUGGAGAAACAUACAAUAUUCAAACCCAUCUUGAAAUUGAAGGUUUCUUUUUUAUCAAAGUUCACCCACUGGGAGCUAAUCUAUGCCUUUUAGAGGAAUUAGAGGAAGGUGUAAUACAGGAACUGAUCAAUGAAGCAUCCUCAUUGUGGAAACAAUGGUUUAAAUCGAUAAGACCAUGGCAAGAGAAAGACAUUGAUUCUGAGCGUGUUAUGUGGGUCAGAGUUUAUGGGAUCCCAUGUCAUGCUUGUUGCUUUGAGUUCUUCGAAUCUGUUGCUAACAUGUUGGGAACUUACAUAUGCGUGGAUGAGAAUACGAUGUCGGGAGACAACAUGGACAUAGCCAGGAUAUUGAUUAGAGUUCCUUCGUCUUUCUCGCUGAAGGAUCAUGUGGAAGUGAAUGUUGAUGGUGACGUUUUUCAGUUGGUUUUACAUGAAGAUACCUAUGGCCCAGUUCGUCUAGUUGCUACAAGCCCAACUCCAAGACCUUUUCAUAAGAAGUCUUCACUCUCUUCUUCUAACUCCGGAGAAAUAGGUUUUUCUUAUCACAAAGAUUAA